AUGACCACACCAUUAGAAAAAUUAAGAAACGAUGUCUACAAAGACGACAAAGUGGGGAAAAUAGAAGCCAAAACCUCAGUUAAACUCAUUUCAGAAGAAGGCAACAAAAUGAUCUAUGAGGGAAACUAUCCCGUAGAACCAUACAAAGAAGGAGCUAGAGGUACUUAUGGUGGAGAUUUUAUUGCCCAAGGUCUUAACGUCGCUUGGGAAUCUAUUGGAAGACCCGAUUUUCAACCUCAUUCAAUCCAUUCGUAUUUUGUUAAAGCUGGUUCAAAAGAUAGUGUUCUUAGAUGGGAAGUUAUCAAAGUUUCCGAUUCAAGGAAUUUCUCAAAUAGAAUUGCUCUUGCUUAUCAACAACAUACGAAUCAAUUGUGUUUUACUUUGCAAUGUUCAUUCACUAGAGAUAAUCAUCUUGAUAAAAGACAAGCUGAUCAUCAAAAAUUGGUUGCUUCUGGAGCUGAAGUCAAGUCAGUACCGUUUCAAUUCAAGAGAAAUCCCAACCCCAAAUUUUUCAAAUAUAAAGAUGAUAUUGAAGAUCUUCUUUAUUUUGAGCAUACAAAUGGAAAUAUUGCUCAUGCUAUUCCCAGGGAAAUUUUUCGCAAGACCAGGAAUUUCAACAUGAAUAGAAUCGGUGACGAGGAACUUGGAUUUUAUGUCAAGUUUUUGGAUGAUUAUAAUUUGGGUACGGACUACGUUAGACAGUCAUUUUUGGGGUUGGCUUUUGCUUCAGAUUCAUUAUGGUUGGCAACUCUUGUGAAGGCACUUGGACUACCUGUGACUCUGAAGGAUGCUGACUUUUUUCGCGUCAGUUUAGACCACUCGUUAUAUUUCCACGACUUAAACUUCGAUUCAAGCUCGUGGCUUUAUGUUGAUUACAGAUUUUUGUCCAUGGGUAAUAAUAGAAUCUUGGCGGUGGUCAAUUUUUAUACGUUAGAGGGUAAAGCCAUUUGUACUGCUGUUCAAGAAGCUUAUGGAUUUUUACCAGGUGAGUUGGUGGAGAAGUCAAGGAAACUUCACGAACAGUAUAAUGGGGAGAAUAGUCGACAACAAGUUGCAAAAUUGUGA